AUGAUCGUGGUGUCCAUCCCCGCGGCGGUCACGGCCAGCAGCCCGGACAAGGCGCACACGGUGUUCCAGGUGGAGGUGCUGUGCAACGGCCGUCGGCACACGGUGACCAAGCGCUACAGCGAGUUCCAGGUGCUGCACAAGCAGAUCAAGAAGACCUGCAAGGUUCCUGACUUCCCCCCGCGCCGUGUCCCCAACUGGUUGCCCAAAGCGCUGGAGCAGCGGCGACAGGCUCUGGAGCUCUACCUCCAGGGUGUCCUGUGCUACAACAAGGAGCUGCCUCAAGAUGUCCUGGACUUCCUGAAGGUGCGGCGUGGCCAGCAGGACACCGAGGCCGGUGGCCUGCCCACUGGCCGCUUGCCCUCCCUGCGCCCCGUCGUUGGCUUCAGCACUGACCCCUACGUGCGGCCUCCCCUCACCGAGCUGCUCCCGGAUGCCGUCCUCAGGGGGGUGGUGGAGGGUCUCUACACCCCCCCAGGGGGUGCUGGCAGGUUCCUGGGUGCCCCCGCACCCACCCGGCACUCAGGGUGGUGA